GUCAGUUUUUUUAUGGUUAGAAAAGAUAUGAAAUAAACAAUAAUUAAAUUCAGUGAAACUAGAGUGAAUAAAAUGAAUAUUGAGAGUUUACGAGAACAAUUUGAUGAUCUAGGAGUGGAUGCAACAGAACAAGUCCUCGAAAGAUGCUUAGAAAUUUGUAAGACACACGAUCUCGAUGAUCCAGCAGAGUUUGUUGAGAAAUGGAUGGCCUACAGUAUAUCAAACUUAAAUGGAGCUGAACCGACAAUCGAGUAUCUCAAUGAGAUGGAAAAUAGACAGUAUAAAAAUGUACAAAGGAAAGUUUUAAAGCGAUCGAGCCAGAAAGAGUCGAGACUUAAAAUUUACAACCAAGGAAAUGAUGAAGACAUGAAUGAGGAAGAGAACGAAUUGCUCGGAUCAUAUGUUACACUAACUCCAAAGAAUGAUAAAAAGUCAGCUUCAAGACUACAUAUUGGUACCCCUGAUAUGAAGUCAACGAAUACCUUUAGUCCUGUGAGCUAUUCACCUUUGACAACAACAAAGAGAUCACGAAUAGAAUCAGGCAAGACGGGUAAUGUAGUGUGUACAUUUGGAAAUUUUUCAUCGAUGGCAUCAAACAUUGUCAAGAAUUCGGAGACGAUCGCAACAAUAAGUGUUGCGAAUUUAUUUGGGACACAAUGGAUGGAUGACAAAGUAAAGUUUAUGACAACAUCAAUGAAUGAUGGACAAUAUGUGACAGAAAGAAUCUUUAAACUUGGUCAUGAGUUUUUAAGGAAGAUUGUGGUUGAUGAGAAGCUUAAUGAUCAAAUUGUAUUAAGUCAUUGUGAUGAGUUGUCUCAAGAUAAUGUCAAGUGCUUGGGAAAGAUCGUCUGUGGAGGUCGUUCUGAGAAGUUGGAUCAAAAGUCGUGUACAUUUAUAGGAUUUGAUGAAAAUAAGCUACGAAUCACACAAUUAGACAUGACACGAAUGAAAAUGCCAGCACAAAUAUUCCCAGGUCAAGUAUGUGUUCUGAACGGAACGAAUCCUAGAGGCAAAAACUUUUCAAUCUCCGAGAUUCAUGCAGAGAGAACACUUGAAAAUUGCACAUAUCCAUCACGUUUGACAGAGCCAUUAAGUUUCGUGAUUGGAUCGGGUCCAUUUACAUCCGAUGAUAACUUAACAUUUGAAUACCUCGAUAAAUUAAUUGAAAAUUGUCAAAACAACAAGCCUGACGUCCUCAUUCUCUCCGGGGCAUUUUUUGAUGCUAAAUCAAAGCUUAUCUUUGAUCUCGCAACAGAAGUCGAUGAGCACUUCCGUAAAAUGUUGACCAAUAUGAGUGAAAAAUUGGGUGACAGUACAAAAAUUGUAAUUGUCGCAUCACACGACGAUAUUAACAGCUCAGCAUGCUUUCCCACGCGAUCAUAUGGAUUUAGUGGUAAAAAAGGUUUCAGCAAUAACAUUUUUCUCGCACCGGAUCCGUGCAUUUUAAACGUUAACGGUAUUAAAAUUGCUGUGACUUCUGUCGACGUUACAAAACAUUUAGCUGACUCAGAAUUUUGCAUGAAUGCGGGCGGUGAUAAGAUUCGUCGCUACAUAAACUAUUUAUUUCAUCAGAAAUCCUUUUAUCCGCUAUUUCCGCCUAAAGUGCCAACUGAUAUUCGACUAUUGCACGAAUAUGCAACGAUUAAUGAAAUUCCACACAUAUUUAUAGCUCCUAGUGAUAUGAAAUAUUAUAUGCGGGACUUUAACAACUGCUUAUGCUUAAAUCCUGGUAGAAUUAAAAAUGAAAAUUCUGAUGGUACCUUCGCGCGUGUCAUUGUUAAGCCACCACCAAGGGAAAAUAAUGUUAAGGGUAUUAGCUCAUGGAUUUCAGGACAAAUCGUCUAUCUUUAAUUUAUUUCUGUAUUUUGCUUUUGUGUGAUUGUUACUUAUCACUUAAUAAACUUUUUAUUAUAAUGCAC